AUGAAUUUGAAUGAACAGAUAACAUUUCAAAUUGAUGCUUUGGAAGAUGCAUUGCCAGUUAAGAGAAAGAAGAAGAUAAAAAUGGCAGAUGAACUUGCUAGUGAUAAAGGAAGCUCCUCAGAUCCCCUGGUUGGUUUUAGAAUAAAUGUGUUUAAUUUAAUAAUGGAUCGUAUUGUUCAGUCACUGGAAUCCCGCUUUGUACAACACAAACAGUUGUAUAAAGAUUUAUCUUGCUUGGACUCUACAAAUUUUAAAACUAUUGCUGAGAAAGGUCUUAAAGAUGGAGCAUUGAGAGGAAUUAUCAAGUUGUUUCCACAAAUCAUCAGAGAUCAAGUGAAAUUGGAACUGUUUUUUUUUCUUUCUUUUUCUUCAAACUUUGAUGUUUUAAAGUUAUUGCUUCAUGAUGGUGAAAAUGUGGGCAGCAGUUGCACCAACAGUAAAAUGUACACUACUUGCCCAUCUUGUAUACUGAAAAUUCUAGCUUCCAACAGACGUCAUGACAAGGCAUAUGAUAACCUUUAUGAACUUUAUAAAAUAAUUUGCACAUUAUCUGUUACCCAAGUAAAGUGCGAGAGGGCAUUUUCAAAACUGAAGAUUAUAAAGACAAGGUUAAGAAAUUCAAUGUCUGAGGAAAACUUAGAAUCUUACAUGUUACUAUCCAUUGAAAAGGAAAUGUUAGAUGAGCUGGACAAUGAAGUAAUUAUUAGCAUUUUUGCACAAUCCUCCAGUGAACUUUAG